AUGCACACUCCAGAAAAGCGCCGCGGCGGCAGCCAUGUCCUGCGCACCGGUUCCAGACACAGCCAUGCAACACCAUCCACAGCGAAUGCCACGACAAACAGCAACAGCAACAACAACAGCAGCGGCAGCAUGCCCGCGAUGCCUCCCCGCGCCGCAAUGGUCAACAACAACGCAUCCGUACCCGAAGACGCCCACGAAACCACAAGCACAACGUCCAGCGGCGGCGGCGGCGCAUCCCUUACCGACAAGGACAAGGAGGGCGGUUCCGGUCCCGCGCGCUCAGUAUCAGUCCGGUAUAACAACUCGUCCAAGGAGAAGCAAAAGGACCGUGACGCGGCAGUCAUGCGGGAAAAGGACGAACGCAUCGCAUAUCUCGAGAAAGAGAUGGAUAUCAUGGAGCGGGAGUUUCAGCGCGAACUGGAUAAACUGAGUCAGAAUGAGAGCGAGACAGCUACAUUUUGGCAAGCGAAGCACAGUGCCUUGAACCAGCAGUACCUGCGGACGGAUACGGAGUUGCGGCUGCUGAGGGCGGAGGUUGAUGUGCGGGAGGCGGAGAGGGAGGAGCUGCGGCAGGGGUGGGAGGUGUUGAGGAGGGAGUUGAAGGAGCGGGAUGAUGAGAUUAGGGGGUUGAGGGGCCAGAUAAGGGGGUUGAAGGAGUUUGUGAGUACGAGUACGAGGACGGAUGGGCAGACGAGUGAUGAGGUUUUUGGGGAUGGGAUGGCGAGGUUGGGGAAUGGGUUGCAGAAUUGGGUUAUUACGAAUUUUCGGAGGGCAAAGCUGGUCGACUUUGUGACAGUAGACGAGGCAACGCUCGCGGAACUGGGUGAACUGGUCCCCAUGUACGAGGAACUUGCGCAGACGGCCAAGGUACACUUGUUGCAGUCGAUUGUGUCCAAGGUCCUAGUGGAAAUGGUGUUUGAUGCCUACUUUGUAGGUCUGUCGGAUGGCCAGACGCGGGACUUUCGACAAAUGGAGGAGCUUCUAUCCUCCUUUGCGGCCACAGACGAAUCCAUAAACCAAUGGCGCGCAUCCACACUCGCCCUUAUACGCCGCGACGCUCCUCAACUCCUCCAAACCUCUACGACAGGAUACGUCGAACAAGUGAUUUCUCGAACAAACCGGAUUCUGGACUCCAUCACCGACAGCAGCACCGCAUCGUCGACUUCACGCUCGGAGGCACGAGACUCGGCGCUCCGCGUCCUGGUCAACAACUCGGUCGAGCUGGCGCGGCUGCUGGUCGCGCAAAAGGCCGUGUUGAGGGUGUACAUGCCACAGGUGCUGCCGCAUCAGCAGGUCAUGUUUGAGGCGGAGACGAUGGAGGAUGUGGGCGGGGAGGACGAGGAGGCUCUCGCGAGGAGGGAGAUUUGGUGUGUUGUGUUCCCGGGGGUGAUUAAGCAUGGGGAUGAGAAUGGGGGCCAGAUGCAGUUUCGGAAUGUCAUUGCUAAGGCGAGGGUUCUUUGUAGUCCUGAGGAUUGA